AUGGAAGACGAUUUUCAAAUCGAAUUCAUGUCGCUGCCACUUGAAGAUCUUCAGGAUCACUAUGGAAAACUGUUUGAACGUUAUCGACAAAUGCGCGAUGAUGCGGAGGCCGACACACAGCGUAUCCAUGAGUUGAAGCGCAAUCUGGAGACGGCUUAUGCUGCAGAAAAUUACCUUUCGCAGGAAAUCGAGGAGCUUAUGCGAACGCUUGCCACGAUUGAAAAGGAGAGUAAAGGAAAAACUAAAGUAGAAACGGAGCUGGAAGAUUUGCGUAGACAACAUCAUACUUUAUCUGCAGACUACAGCACAUUGCAGCAGGACUACGCGGCGUUGAGUGCAGAAAAUGCCGAAAUGCGUAAACAGUUAGAAACAGUAAAAUCAGCAAAAAGGCUAAGUACGUCGUCGAUAGUAGAUGCUGGAACAGAAGAGCUCACCCAACGUAUAGCAUCGCUGGAAGGUGAAAAUUUUUCCUUAAUGAAAAAAUUGGAAGAGUUUCAGGAAAGUAUGGUGCGGCAAACAAUGGCGUUAGCGGAAAGAGAGAGUAAUAUAGAAGUUCUACGCGAUCAAGUAACAUGUUUGGAGGAAAAUUUACGUUCAAAACGUGAAGAUUUAGAUGAAAAGACAGUUUUGCUUGAAAGUACCCAAGAACAUUUAGCCGAUGCAAAUGCGAGAUUGGCGAUGUUAGAAACAAAGCCAGAGGGUGUGGAUCGCAAAGGCAACUCGCUCUUCGCUGAAGUGGACGACCAACGACAAGCAAUGAAAAAACUGCUAGCUGCCCAAAAGAAAAGCUACAUUGAUAUGAAGAAAAUCUGUCAUGACAGUCAGUCUGAAAUAAGACGAUUAAAGCGAGAAAAUAUUGCAAUGCACAUAGAGCUUAAGGAGUGUAGUUCAAUAUUUUGUUCAGCCGACCGUACAUAUCAAGACAAACUAAAUGAGCGCAUACGUCAACUACUCGGCCAAGUGGAAGGCUUAGAGAAGCAAUUAAAUGUGUCUCAGAGUCGACUACGCGACUUGGCCAACGAUAAGGGUGUUGCGUGGCUUGAUUCGAUGCUGAAUUUCUGCAAACAAGAAACUGAUGAACUCAAGAAACAACUUCAUGGUGUGCGAAUACAAAAAGCCAGUUUGGAAGAGCAGCUACGCAACGUUCAACAGGAGAUGACAAGAUGGCGCUUCGAAGCAUUAAAAACGCGUUGUGUACUGCUCGACAGAGAGGAUCUUUUGACUGAGCACCGCAUUGAGUUCAAAGCUAUUCGUGCAAUAGAGUUUAAUAUAACCCAGAAAGAACAGGAGACUGCGCGACCCCGUAUUGUGCACGCAUCACCUGCCACACCCACGGAAAGGAAAUCACAAAUACCUAGCACACCGUUACGUCCCAUUAAAAAUGAGAAUUCAGCAGCAAUAUGCAACACACCUACUGAAAAUAUUUCAGUGAAACAAGAAGUUAAUGAUCAAUGUGGCGACAGCACACCGCUAUCACUAAAAUCAAAUGUGGAGUUUAAAGAAAACGUUGGUACACCACAAACACAGUCGCGUUCAACUAUUUCAUUGAAGUCAGAACUUAGUUCUGAUAAAUAUUUGCGUGAGAGCAAUAUGCAGAGCAAUUCUUUAGCAAACGAACUACAGCUGGCACUACCAAAGAACUUCAAAAGGGAACCGCCUGGACUUGAUGCUCAACCGGGUCCUUCCAUUCUCUCAAAGCAAAGUCAUGCAUUCAUCACUGAAGAUAAUUGCGAGAAGAAUGUGCAGUUCAGUGCAGCGGGUCCAACUGUACAUGAAAUUAGUGCGAAUGUCAGCAUUGGCUUAGAUACCACUAAUGACAGUAGUAAUAAAGAAGGGCAGCAAAAAGCCUUUAUUAAGGAGGUGCGCAAGAAACCAAAUAUUAUCGUGCGUCAUGUGGUGGUGCCGUCCAAACGUAGGCCAACGUAAAAUAAGAAAAGUUUUGUAUUCUUAGUGCUGCUUGUGUUAAUGGGUAUAAAAGCAAGUGCAUAAAGCAAUUGCCUCGAGAUAGAAAGUGAACUGAAUUUCUUUACUCUUGCUGGUUUAGAUUUUUUAAAUAUUUAUAACGAUUUUCAAAACUUUAUGUAAUGAUUGAGA